UUAAAACUGGGGUCUAAUAACAUUAGAUUCUGGUAGUGUAAUGAGUUUCGGGUUUAACAGAAUCGCACAUGAAACUGCAGCAACUAUUACCAAGGUGACACAAGGUCAUUUGUCGGAGUUAUCUGGUUUAAAUGUCGCAAAGAAAUCUAUUCCCCCUCAACACGUAAGAGAAAAUGCUGCUGAUUAUGUUGCUCGUUCACUGGAAAAACUUGCUUACACAAUGAGUGAUAGAGCUAGCAAUGAAAACCUUGCUAACACAUUGUUAAAUGCAUGGCGAGACGAAGUAUUGCUGAACUUUGAACUGAAUGAUGACAAGCAAACUGUUCAUAGUUUCCAUUGUAUGGCACAUGUUUUGUUAGGGUUCCAUAGUUACGUUAAACCUGAACUUAAACAAUUGGAAACGAAACUUGUUGAAGUUCAUGGUCCUAUUGGAAGAGAUUCACUUCCUGUUUUCAAAUUUUGGAGCAAGAAAGAAUUGGUUAUUGAACGUGUAUUGAGAACAACAGCUGAUGUUUUUGGACCUGUAGGUGACCAUCAUGGUGUACGCGAUCGAUGGGAAUCGCACUGCUCAAGUUUAGGCAUAAAAUCUCUAAUUGGAAACUACAAAGAUAAUCGCUUCAAUGCACUCUUUGAAACUGCUGCUGAGGUAUUUAAGCACAAAGAAGACUUUUUGGUGCUUUUGGACACUGUAAAAAAUCUUAACUUAAAACUUAAAUCGGUUAAGGAAGAUCUCCAAUCAGUCGUUGUGUUAGCUAUGCUGCAAUGUUUUGGACUAUUUUACUUAAAACUUACAGGACCAUAUUGGAAUCUUAUCUCAUGUGGUAAAGUGGCCUAUUUAGAACUGUAUCCACAUGUCAUAGCAAUCAAGAGUUUCCUUGAAAACUGUGUUGAAGAUCCUGCUUUAAUGCUAAACCAGGAUUGUCAUUGGUCUGCUGAAGAUCCUCUUCAAAUACACAUUGUACCUCAUUAUGAUAUUUAUGUUGCAAGUCUUUUUACCUUGCAAGAAGAAACCCGUCAACUGUUGUUCGAUUUGAUUAAGCUCGUUGCUGCCGGUAUGAUUAAAUGUGUUGAUAAACAACUAGUUGAUUUUCUUCCUGGAGGUAAAUUAUAUAGUGCUGAUACUGGGAUUGAACUAAAUCGCACUAAAUUUGCCCACGUCACUAAUCUAGCUUGUGAACACCAUUUUGGUGACCUUGAUAGUAGCCAAAGAAGGCGUCCUAGAACAUCAAUGCACCAUCAGGCCUAA